UUUGGCCAUGUGUUUAUGUUGCCGCAUCUAUUACAGCACUCUUAGACACAGCUACAGUUUGCAUUAUAUUUACAUACAUUGAUGAAUUUUGCAAGGCAGAGUUACGUCUUUAGGAGACUUUAUAUUUCGUAACCGGAAGUUGGUUGUAUCUGAAUAUUCCGCUCCGCGUUAGCUUCCGUAGUUCAGCUGACAUGCCAGUCUGCAUCCUUUAGCUGCAUGAUGGCUUAGCGUGACAUGUUUAAAAUCCGACCGCUGUUGAGUGCCUUAGUUAACAACAGACUGACGUUAGACAGAAACGGUGGCCCUUGGAAUUCGCUUUGCAUGAUGAGUGAGGGCUCCAGGGAUGAGCAGACAGCCAAGCUGCUGAAAAGAGCCAACGAGGAAAACGAGGACUCUGCUGAGAAGGUGCAGGCUGCAAAGAAAUUAAAAGCAGAAGAGGAAAAAGCUGAAGAUGAAAAGAAAUAUCCCAAAAAGAAAGUGGUACUCCUUGUGGGAUACUCUGGAAAGGGAUACUAUGGCAUGCAGAGGAAUCCCGGAACCUCUCAGUUUCGGACCAUCGAGGAUGAACUGGUCACUGCACUCAUUAAAUCCGGUUGCAUUCCUGAAAACCAUGGCGAUGAGAUGAAGAAGAUGUCUUUCCAAAGAUGUGCCAGAACAGAUAAGGGUGUGUCUGCUGCUGGCCAAGUGGUGUCUCUAAAGCUGCGGUUGAUUGAAGACAUCGUUGAAAAAAUCAACGAGCAUCUGCCACCGCAGGUCAGAAUCCUCGGUCUUAAACGGGUGACCCAAGGUUUCAAUUCCAAAAACAACUGUGAUGCUCGUACAUACGCCUAUAUGCUUCCAACAGUGGCCUUUUCCCCAAAAGACUAUGAUACUGGCGACAUAGCAGCCUUUCGCCUCGAGCCCGGGACACUCCAGAAGGUGAACGCUCUGUUUGCUCUCUACAAAGGCACCCACAACUUCCACAACUUCACCUCUCAGAAGGCUCCAAGCGACCCCAGUGCCCGCCGCUACAUCAUGGAGAUGUCUUGCGGAGAGCCUUUUAUCAACAGCAAUAUACAGUUCGCUGUGAUCACUGUACGAGGCCAGAGCUUCAUGCUGCACCAAAUCCGGAAGAUGAUCGGCCUGGUGAUUGCGGUGACGAAGGGCUACGCGAAGGAGGAGGUGGUGGAGCGUAGCUGGGGACACGAUAAGGUGGAUGUUCCCAAAGCUCCGGGACUGGGCUUGGUCCUGGAAAGGGUUCACUUUGACCGGUACAACAAGCGGUUCGGCGGGGACGGUCUGCACGAGCGGCUGGAUUGGGGCGGCGAGGAGGAGGCCAUCAAGGGCUUCAAGGAGGCUCACAUCUACCCCACCAUCGUUGAGACGGAGUGUCAGGAGGGCUCUAUGGUCAGCUGGAUGUCCACACUUCCCAUCCAUGACUUUAAAGCUACAGCCUCAGCUACUGACGCACAAGACAAUAAGGACCAGAAACAGGACAACGCAGAUUUAAGAAAUGACUCGGAUUAGGUCACUCUGCCAGCUGAAAGAAGAGAUGUUUUCAGAACUAAAUAUUCUCUCUUUUGUUGGGAAUUAGCUUUCUUUUUAUUAUAUCUUCCAAAAUUUACUUUUUUUUUGUGAUAUUAAAUUCUGCUUCUCUUAUACAAAUGUUAUUAAACAAACAACAACAAAAACCUCUGUUCUUUAUUGUACCCUGAGUGUUUCCUGGUGUUAAUUUGUGCCUGGAUCAUGCCCUCAACCAAUGUGUCUCAGCUCCAUUAGUGUUGGUUGUUUAGCUGUUUGAGUCUUUGUCUUGUAAGAAGAAUCUUAAGGAUAGGUUUGGAUUUUUCGCAAUGCAAUACUGACAUUCUUAUAUGCACUUCACCUCAACUCCACUGUAAGAUUUGGGACAAAAUCCACUGUCCAGCUCCCACGCAAGAAUGUAGUUUAAAGAUCAGCUGUAGCUAAUAUGAGGGUAGCUAAAUCAAGUGUCUAUAUUUUGCAAGAUCUUAGUGAGCAGUUAUUUAUUUGGCCUUGUCUCUUUAAGUUCGUAAAGCCAGUUAAUGCUUUUUGUUGAAAGUUAUUUACCAAUUGGCGUUGGUAAGAUCAUUGUGAAGCAAACCUUAGAUUGUGCUAAUAAAACUAAUAACCGUCGGAAUGGAAUGAGACUUAUUUAUUUUCAGUCCAUUUUUCAUGUAUUGAGCUAGGAAAGUCAACAUCACAAAUGGUAUAUAGCUUUUAUUUCAUAGUUGCAGGAGCAGUGAAGAUGAUGUUUACAUAUGGGACAGAAUCUAUUUGAUUAGAUCAUACAGUUAUUGUAUUGUAUGGAAAAAAAUCAUGUUUUGAUCAGAAAAGUAAUGUGUCGACAGAACUCGGCUGAGAGUCACUAAAUGUGUAAUAAAAUGUGUUUCAUCUGUACCCUAGCAGUGGUUUGGUUAGUUUGUGUUAAAACCGAAACCAGGACUUCAGCCUCCCGUCACUA